AUGCCGAGGGCCCGAAAUAUUCAGGCCUGCGAACAAUGCCGCAGCCGCAAGGUUCGAUGCGACGGGGCGAGACCCCAUUGCAAUGUGUGCUUGCGAAGGAACGAAGCAUGCCAGUGGUCAGAGAGGCCCGCUCCAGGCAACUAUCGGUUUGUCUUUGUUGCCGAAGGGGGCUCAAAAGAGAACAUGCCCAAACAAACCUUUGCGCGCGACGGUGACGUACGUCCCGACGCACCGCCGAUUGGCGAAGACCUGACGACGUCGCUCAGGCAGCGCCUCCUGCAGAUUUUCUCACAGACUCAUUAUAUGCUGGAAUUAUGCGGCUGCAUCGAUAUGGACAUGGCCAAGAGCGGCGCCACGGAUAAAGAUGCCUUUCUUCUCCAGUCCAUUUGGGCGCUGUCCUCCUUGUACUUGACGGAUGUCGAGGCUGCCUCCGAUGCUCGUUUCGCUGAUUCCAAGAGCUUCAUGUUUUUCUACAGAUCCAAGGCACAAGAGUCUUCCCGCUUACUAUCGGAUGAGCCUUCAGUUGUCACCAUCCAGGCGAACCUCGUCCUGGGUCUCUGUGAGCUCUUGACAAUGGCCAACUCCAAGGCCUGGCUGCAUAUAGGUCUCGCUAUCCGCAUGGCACAAACACUACGAAUGCGGCGUGAAAACAAUCGUCGCCUGUUCCCGCGCCAGCGGGAAGUCAGGAGACGCACCUUCUGGGCCUGCGUGAUGCUCGACCGUCUUGUUGCCUACUGCACACAUCGCACGCAGACCAUAGAAAUCGCUCUGAUACAGCUUCAUCUCCCUUGCAGCGAGGUUGCCUUUGCCUUUGGACACGAAGCCCCCGGGCCGACAAUAUCUGAACUGGGCGGUGGAGCUCACGACGUGUCACCAGAAAAGAUGUCGCUGGCAUACUUUGUCAAGACUUUCUUGCUGUGGUCGCCUGUGGCUCGAAUUUACGUGGAUGGUGGCCGAGGAGUUCAACAGUCAAGUCGACCACAACCGGCUGUCGGCUCUCUCGAGUAUGAAGCUACUAUGUCCGCUUGGCGAGACUCGCUACCUGACGGGAUGCAGUGGUCGGGGCGAAAUUUGCGUGCGCAUCAGUCCCUGGGCCAAAUGUCGCAUUUUGUCGGCAUGCACUUGCUCAUCCAGCAUGCCACGUUCCUCUCGCACCAUGAGUACCUACCGCAUGCGGACGAAAUAGACCUCCUCCGUGCGACUGAUGCAAACACAUUGGCCGCGGCCAGCCUGCCGCACGACAGUGAUACGGCUGCCAUUACAAUAUGUCUUCAAGGGGCAAAUAGGGUCGUCUCUAUGCUGAGACUUGUUGACAGUGUGACGGUAGGACUCUGUUACACGCAGUUAGGUGUCUGCGCUGGCAUUCCCAUGGUCACAGCAGCUAGUGUUUUGCUCUGGGCUCACCACUGUAGCCGUGCUUCAGCACUGUCGCUGCAGCUUUCAGACGACCAAAUAGCACAGGCCAGGGAUGGUGUGGACUACAUAGUCUUGAUACUAGACUCCUGGGCCGCGACGUGGCGGCUGGCUCGAGCAUGGGCAAACUGCAUCCGCCUUUUGGACGAGUUCUACCAGUCAAAAUACCGUCGUGACAGCCGACACCACAAAAACAGCAACGGUGCUACUGCCGCAGCACGAAAUGAUGUCGAGUCUGUGCCAGUGUCUCCCACACCACUUCGCGACGGGGACGGCUACCCAGAUGUGACGAUGAUCCCACACGAAACUUACUACAAGGUCCGUCUCAUUACUGGCCUCAUUCUUGAGCAGCCAGAGCUUUGCAAAAAGUUUUUGCAAGUUCCCGCGGAACAGAUGCCCAGUGAGCGGGAGACGGAGGCCUAUGCAGACUUGUGGGACGUGGACGUUGAGGAUUUCUCAUGGAUGAAUGACCCCGAUUUGGUCAUGGCUGCUUCAUCGCUAUGGAGCGAGUUUGCCGUGUAG